UCAAGGGAGCGUCGGCGCGAUUCGGUGGUGCCCCCCGACGCAAGACUCGAAGGGGGGAUCCUCUUCGCGUCCGCGUCGCGGCACGUGAAGAGGGAUGAACCGGUCGGUGGGGGUGAACGGCGCGCUCUCUCCGCUGGCCGAGCAACCCCUUCGGUCUCGCUGGCGCGCGACGGGUGCCGCGCGAUAGAGAGGGGGUUCUUCGCCUCGUGCGCGUCGGAUAUACGUAGCUUCGCGGCAGGUCAGGACUUCAGUCUCGACGCGGCAGCGCUACCUUCGUCGCGCUAUACGCGUGCGACUACCUUGACGCGCGACGACGAUCAUGGGUGAGAAACGUGCUGUGUGCCCGCGCCGACGACAGGUGCCUCUUCUGGUAGUGACCACUCUGCUGGUUGGCGUGCGUACGGAGCUUGUCGAUCCCAAAUUCAAGGAGCCAAUAGCCAACGUAACCGCAUCGGUGGGAAGGGAAGCCAUACUUUCCUGUGUAGUUCAAGACCUCGCCGGCUACAAGGUGGCCUGGUUGCGCGUCGACACGCAGACGAUUUUGACGAUAGCGAGCCACGUGAUCACGAAGAAUCACAGGAUCGCGGUAUCCCACAGCGACCAUCGGACGUGGUUUCUUCACAUACGGGAGGUGCGGCAGGCCGAUCGGGGCUGGUACAUGUGUCAGAUAAACACGGACCCCAUGAAAAGCCAGAUCGGUUAUCUCGAGGUAGUCGUGCCGCCCGAUAUUGUGGACUAUGAGACCAGCACGGACAUGGUGGUGGCGGAGGGACGGAACGUGACCUUACGCUGCGCCGCGACCGGUUCACCGGCACCCAACAUCACCUGGCGGCGCGAGGACGGUCAGCUAAUUCACCUCGGCAGCGGGGAGAAAGUCGCAACCGUGGAAGGCUCGAGCUUCAGCCUCACAAAAGUGGACCGAUUGCACAUGGGUUCCUAUUUAUGCAUCGCGUCCAAUGGUGUGCCGCCCUCCGUCAGUAAGAGGAUAAUGCUCACUGUGCAUUUCCCGCCGAUGAUUUGGGUGCAGAACCAGUUGGUGGGCGCUCGUGAGGGUCAGAGGCUGACUCUCGAAUGCUCGUCGGAAGCGUUCCCGAAAUCUAUCAAUUACUGGACCAGAGACAAGGACAAGAUAGUGCCGCAAGGUGGGAAAUACGAGCCGGUGCUGGUGGAUAACGCGUACAAGAUACAAAUGAGACUGACGAUAAGCUCCGUCAGUCCGUCCGAUUACGGCUCGUACAAAUGCGUCUCCAGGAACUCGCUGGGCGACACCGACGGCAGCAUCAAGGUCUAUCCGAUAUCGAGUUCCAAUUCCAACGACAGCACCAACUACAAAGGCAAGCUAAGGCAUAAUUCAGGGAACGAUAUCCUGGAGGGAAAUCGUGAUAUGCUGAAAGAACAAGACCUGAAACUACGCGGCCGCAAAGAGCACGGCGGCGACGUGACGGACUACGACGAGUCCAGCGCCAACAGCAACGGCAGCUCGUUACUUUUGGUGGUCCUCGUUGCGCUGUGCCUCUGCCUCCAUCACCAUCCGCAGAUGCGAACGCUGCAUCCGGCCUGAGAUCUGUCCACGACACGGUGCCGUGCGCGCACGUCGCGCCCGUACUUCGACCAUCGAACCAUCGAGACUUUGUACAUCCACUUGUAAAUCCAUCGCUCAGGGACUUCAGUCGAGGAUGAAUAUCGUCGAGGAUCUACCGCGCUGACCACUUUAACUGUACGAUAAGAUAAUAAUAUACUGUAUAAGUAGCGUUAGCGAUUAGGAGCGGGCCGACCGAAUGCGACUAGGAAGAGGUUCAUCAUCGUUGUCGUCGUUGGAGUUCGCUAAGGCUGGUUUGUGACUCGAUGACACGGUCAGUGUCGGACGGUGAGUGCGCGGCAGCGUGAGUUAGACGCGUGGAUCUGUCCCGUGGGUGGCUGGAAUCGUUGCACAACGUCGGGGAACGACUGCUCUGAUAUAUUUUAAGGGUUGCGUCAGCAACCGCGUCACGGAGAUGUCCGUAAACUCGGAGCGCCUAACGCGAGAAUCGAACGAGCAAAUAAACAAAGACCACGCUCGCGGGUCAGCCGUCUCGAAAAGUUUGAAAAACAUGCAAAUUAAAUAAUUAAAUUAAUUCAGCUUCUGAAUUGGAACCUUUAAAAGGGGAUCUCAUUUUGACCUGUUUUCGCUCUUUCCGUCUAUUUUAAUCCGCGGAUAUGGUGCUCUGUGUCAAUUAAUCGCACUUCUAUAAUAAAUUCUUUAUGACAUAAUAAAUGCGCGUGAGAAAGAGAGAGAGAGAGAGAGGGAGAGAGAGAGAGAGGGAGGGAGAGAGAGAGAGAGAGAGAGAGAGAGAGAGGGAGAGGGAGAGACGUCGCUCGGCGAUCGAUGAGCACGCGCGCAUUCCAGCCGUGCAGUUCGAUAACGAUAACGAUCGAUCUCUAACGUCGAGCAAUAAACGUGAAGUCUCAUCCCGAAGAGAAACGGUCUUCUAUGAAGAAGCGGAGAACGAACAAUUUCCGUCAUCUCGUGUCAUUUUUAAUUGGCUACUCGGACAGGUGACGCAUCCCCGCGUUAGAUCAUUAUUGCGAAACGACGGCCGAGCGAUGUACAGCGAUGCAUCGAUGUGGCUGUAUUAAAAAGAGAAGUAAUGGCAGGGGAUAGCAGUUACUGUCUAAGAGCUUAUUAGAGAAACUGUAGGCCGGAGCGGAGCUGUCCAACUCGAGCGAAGGAUGAGCCGCUUGAGAGAGCGAGAGACUAGUCGCAGUGCCGCAGCUUUGCUCGCCCUGUUGAUCUUUCUCGAUGACUUCAGAGAGUAAUAUUAGGAUAUAUUGAGAAAUUCGUUCACGGUACAAGAAUGAAGAACGGGAAGGUGCUUAGGGAGCACGUUUUUAUUUAAUAAUCGCGCUUAAUUGAAUUCGUUUCGAGCGAUCGAAGAUGUAUGUUUAAUUUUCAUCGCGUCUCUUCACGACGACGAAUAUUAAUGUUUCUCAAUCUGCUCGCGAGAAAAAGGAGAAAGAGAAAGCGGAAGAAAGUCGCUCCGCUUUCCUCUUAUAUUGCAGGAAUCCGAGGAAUGUCUUAUUAUUUUUAGAUUGAGUGGCACGCAUAAUUCCUUGUUUUCUUCUUCUUCACGACGUGAAUCAGCAGUAAUAAGCGCGUAAUCAUCGAUAGGCCAAUUUCGACAGGUGUCUGACAGUCACCUUCUCUAAUGAGCUUCGAUCCUUUGAGGCUGCAUCGAUACGUUGACGUCGGUCGGCGUCGUUUGCCAAGCGCUUGCCGUCAAUCUGACUGUUGACUCGAGCAGGUGAUUACCGUGCGUGGUAUGUGAGUGUAAGUAGCAUUAAUCUCGUAGAAUAUAUCCGAGGCGGAUUAUUAUAUCCAUAGUGAUCGCUUCAAGUUUCAUGCGAAAAAUCUCGGCGGACAUUCUGGGUCAGAAUUUCUACGGAUAUUCGCGCGUUAGCCCGAACCUACUCUACAAUGACUCUCUGUAUAGUACAUUAUGUAUAGUAUUAGCGUAAUAUUGGUAUAUGUACUAUAUAUACAUACAUAUAGACAGAUUUGCGUGAAGAGAUGUCAGAUUUCUCCUCGGAUUUCUGCUCGGAUCCGUCAGGCGAAAUCGACUCAAUCGACUUUUAGUUAUCCUAUUUUUGCAUAAAAUCGCGCUUGAAUAAUCCUCCAUUUAUAAAUUAUGUGAACAGUAUAACCGUUACAUAUUAGAUAUCUAGAGACUUGCACAUUUUAAUUUCUAUUCUAGAGGACAGGGUUAGGGGUUGUAUUCUUCGUAUAAUAUUCAUUUGGACUUGACAACUAGCUCAUUAAAGCGUGUGUGUUCACGUUUCGCAUUUUCGCGACUGGAUAUUCUCGGACGAAGAAUCAGAAUAUAUCUCGUAAUCUGUAUAUAAUAUGUAUGAUAAGAAUAAUUAUAUCUAGGCUACGUACAGCUACUAACUUUAAGUCAAGACUGAGGAGGCUUUCUCGGCGUCCUUAAAUCACACAUACACACACACACACACACACGUUUCCGAGCAAUGGUCGAUGUGCGGUGUGAUGAACAGAUCUCGCGCUUUAUAUCGCUCUACGAGUACUGUACAUAUUAAUAUAGAAGCAGAUCUCGACAGUUGCACCUUCGAAGAGGUUCUCAAUCCUCAUACCAGUGACGCGUAAAUGUGUCUAUUCACGUGUGGAGAGUGAAAGAAGAGAAGAAAAGUUCAGAAACUGACCGAUCACACACAGGAACGGUGCGAGAAAAGCAAAAGACGCGACGUGUCGAAAAGGAGAAAGGAGACAAAUCGUCUCGGGAAAAUACGAUUAAUUCCGAAUACCGUGCACUCGAGAGCGCUAGCGAACGCGCUCUUCUUCUCUCGCGAAACAAGAGAAGAGUCGAUUUCUCAAGGACAAAUCUGUGCAAAAUUGACAAAAUCACCGCGGAUAAUUGAAUGCGUUCGGCGAUAUGAAUUAUUUAUCAAGCUUUACGCCCCCCCCUCCCUCCUUCCUCCCUCACUUUCAGCUAAUGUGUCUUACGCUAAUGCGUCGCAAUUAACAAAUAACUGUAAUUUCCGUAACGCUUAUUAUUUACCUUGUCGUACGACAAAUUGUAAUUGAUGCAAAUAUUUGCGGAACUUCUGUUAAGCUGUCAGAGCGCAUAUUCUACAAACUGGGGCAUAUUGUACUCGUACAAUCUGAGUCAUAGUGCAAUACGCAAACUACGACGCGGGGUUUGCGUAUGGCGUUUUGUGUUUUCGUUCAAUGAUCUGUAUACCUAUGUAUACGUAUGCAAAUAGAGAGCUUAUUAUUGAAUACCCAAUAUGAAAGCGGUUCAAUUUCGAAAUGGGUCAAAGUGGAAGCGUAAUAGGUAUGGCGAAAUGAAGAAAGACGAGUUCCCUCUCUCUCUCUCUCUCUCUCUCUCUCUCUGACUUUCUUUUAUUGUUAGAGAAAAUAUUUGAGUAUCGGAAACGCGAAAAAAGUGCUCUAGAAAGCGCUUCUCUGAGAAUCCGCGACGCGAGAGUUAAUCGCGGCUUGUCACGAGAACGAAGAGAAAUCUAUUAAUUAUAUCAGCAUAAGAGAAUACUCUCAAUCCUUUCUUAUUAUCACACACAAUGGUAUUUCGAGCGUUAACAUGAUAUUUCCACAUAUGAGAAAAACAUAUCAAUCUCCAUUCGUGUUCCUUCGAUACGAGAGAAUGACUGUAAGAAUCAUUUUUACGAAAGACAUAUCUUCGGUAACGCGUCAAUUAAAAGUUUGUUUCACCAAGGAUAUAUCAUUUAGAAGCGUCUUAAUAUUAAAGCGUAUUUGCUCUCUCGAAUAAUGUGCGGAAUAACAAGUUAUUGAAGGUGUCGUCUCGACGCGACUUUCAUCGACGAAACUUAGUUUCAGCGCCAGCAAUAUUAACCAGCGGUUGAACCAUUGCGCAUUGUAACUAAGAAUAACACUCGACGCCUCGACUGAUUGUUAUUUAGGGUGCGUAAGUUCUUGAGGUUUCACCGGUCUCCCCAACAGGGUAAAUAAACAAUCAUCAAUUGAAUAAUAGAAAAUAGGGCCGAGAUAAGAUCCAUUGGCCGAGUGGCUCAAGCAGCGCAAAAAUAGAACAGGAGGGACGUCUCACGUACGUCGAACAAUGAGCAAAGCAAUCGGGAUGAGCGAGCGAGAGAGCGAGUGAGCCUUGAUCUCUCUCUCUCUCUCUCUCUCUCUCUCUCUCUCUCUCUCUCUCUCUCUCUCGGAUGUGUCUCGUCGUCGUCGCACGCGCGAGUAAGCCGCGAGUCCUUGCGAACUUUCACGCCCUACUUAUCGUAUAAAAUAUCGUAUAUGUCGUAUAUAGCGUCUCCAUCAUCGAUUCCACGCUACCUACACCCGUAUGGUGUUUACGAUCGCGAAUUGUUUACGAGUAACUUAGCGACUGCGACAAUUAAACAAUAUCGAAGAUAACUCAGAGCAACCUACUUUUGUAUCAUCGGCAUUGUAGAUAACAUACCGAACACAUCUUAGACGUAUCGUACAACGCGUGUAAUAUGUCGCGGCGAGUGAUGACGGGGCCGGCGUUUGUAAUAAAGCUGAAUAAUUACGAAUCGUAGAGGGUAAAAGAAGAGGGAUGCGUCGUGGCGGGCGGUUAAUCAAGUACUACGUGGCGCGCCAUGCGGCGAGUAAAUAUAUAUAUAUAUAUAUAUCUAUACAUACCGCAUAGUUCUAUACGAGGUAUAAAUAUUAAAGAAACAAAAAAAAAGUGUCGUAGUGUACAGGUAGAAUGCAUUGUCUGUGCUGAUUGGUGGCGUAACUAUACGUGUCUCUCGCAUAAUGUAAUAAAGCAAGGGACGACUUACUUUGAGUACGUCUCGUUUCUCGCAUCCCGGGAUAUUUCGUAAAAUUUUGUUACAAGGUUGAGAGAGGAUCGCCACCGCGCUAUUGUGCAUGUAAAGCAAGAUCGAUGUCGGGACGAAUGCCGCUGACAAUGAGAGCCGCGCGUCCCCUUCGUCUUUGAAGCAGCGGGCUCGAUAAUGUGGCUGUAAAUUACAGAUGUCUCCACGAUUAUGUCUCCGCCAUGGGCCGGCAGAUAGUCGUUAAACAAUAAAGCGUAGACUAAUACGAUUGUUUAAUUACGUACGCGUCGCGCGACGCGUCGCAAUUGUCUCGCGUUCGUCAGAGUCGAUCUGGUUGCGCCACUGCCCGUGCUUCUCGCACGCGAUCUAGUCCUGUAAGCACUGUCGACAUCGGAGAAAGAUAUUCGUGUAUACAUGAAAUACAAAUUUACUACUUAA